AUGUCCUCUAUAAAAAAGUCUGUGUUGGUGUCCGUUAUUUUUGCUCUAAUUAAAGUUGCUGAAACAAUUACUUAUCAGACACAAGUCUGUCUCCGCCCCGGAACUGACGUCAUUGUACAACUUUUUGAGUGGAAAUGGGACGAUAUUGCUAAGGAGUGUGAGAAUUUCCUUGGUCCGAAACACUUUUGUGCUGUUCAGGUGUCUCCUCCAAAUGAGAACCGAAUUAUUGUGAACAGUACUCACAAUCGUCCGUGGUUAGAAAGAUAUGAACCUGUUUCUUACAAGAUACAAACUAGAAGUGGAAAUGAAAGCCAAUUUCGUGACAUGGUCAGAAGAUGUAACAACGUUCAAGUCAGUGUAUAUGCUGACAUAGUCAUUAAUCACAUGACUGAUGUUAAUCACCAUGGUUACGGUACCGGAAACUCGGUUUAUCACGGAGAACAACGAACGUACCCGACUGUUCCCUAUGGCGGAUGGGAUUUUCACGACUCACUUCAUUGCCAUACGAAAGAUUUAAACAUAGAAACCUAUUCCAAUCCAGAGGAAGUACGGAACUGUCAAUUAGAAGGAAAGGCAGACAUUAACCACGGGAGACGUUUUGUCCAAGAUUCAAUUGUCGAUUUUCUAAAUAAAUUGAUAGAUCUUGGAGUUUCGGGAUUUCGAAUUAGUAAUGCAAAAUACAUGUGGCCUGAGCAACUCCAGACAAUAUUUGACAGACUGAAAGAUAUAAAAUCAAUAAAUGGCGACCUAGUCCGACCUUUCCUGUACCACGAAUUUGAUGAAAAACCAGGAGACGCUGUACAAAUGUCGGAGUAUUUCAGUAUAGGGAAAGUAGAGUAUGAAAACUAUGGUGUCGCAAUGACAAGUCUGAUAAGAAAUCACAGCUUGAAGACUUUCCAUACAAAUUGGGGAACAUUACAUGGAAUGCCAUCUCCUAGCAACAUAGUGACUUUCAUUGAUGACCAAGUAAAACAGAGAGAUAUUUUACAGCCAGUAUUUACUCAUACCGAUCGCAGAAUGUACGAGGUUCUUAAUGUUCUGAUGCUUGCCUAUCCUUACGGAAUUCCACGCUUGUUUAGUGGAUAUUCGUUUACUAAGUAUGUUUAUAUAUACACAAAAAUGUAA